GAUAAUGUCAGAGCUGAGUUCGUUUUUCCAGAUCAUUGUCCCCGAGUCCGCCAUGUUCUGAGCGUCUUUGAUCUCGUGAUGCACUCGGGCAUACCUUCGGCUUCCGGGCUGCUAUAGUAUUAUAAUGUCGUGCCCCCUGAAUGACAAUGUCCAUGACUUCGCCGAAGGGCAGGAUCCGGUGCUCAUGCACGUCUGGCCGAACAGUUGUGCAAUAAAGCGCACGCUAGGCGGGCAGUAAGGGGCCUGUCUCCUCCCACCACUCUUUCCCUGCUCUACAUAGUGAAAGUGGUACCCUUUCAACCAAGUAUGCAGGGGAAACCUGCUGUGGAAGGCUUAGAGACAUUGACGAAGCGAAGUUCAAGUAUGACUGAACAGCCCAGAUCCGAGUCCGUGGCCGAGGUCGAUAAGGUGCUCGCGCCCACACAGGAAAUCGACAUACCUGAUGGUGGGUUGCAGGCUUGGUUAUCCGUUCUUGGAGGAUGGCUUGUGUCGUUCUGUGCCUUUGGGUUCGCCAGCUCGUUCGGAGUGUUUGAAGCGUACUAUGUCAACGCGGGCACAUCGUCUUCGUCAAAUAUCAGCUGGAUAGGUUCACUUCAGUUCUUUUUCCUGUUUGCCAUGGGCCUUCCCGCAGGCAAGCUCUUCGAUGAAGGCUACUACCGCUUCGAGCUCGCCUUCGGAUCAUUGUUCCUGGUGUUUUGUAUGAUGAUGCUCUCCCUCGCGGACCCGACAAAGUACUACCAAUUAAUAUUGUCUCAGGGGAUCGGUAUAGGAAUAGGGUCUGGAUUGCUUCUAGUCCCCGCGCUCUCCAUUCAGUCUCAUCACUGGCGGAGAAAGCGUUCCCUAGUCAUGGGGAUUGUUCUCAGCGGCGCCUCCUUCGGGGGUAUCCUCUAUCCCAUCAUGCUCAACCAGCUCUUCAACAACGGCGUCGGCUUCGCAUGGGGUGUGCGCGCCGCAGGCUUCAUGACGCUUGGCUUUCUCGUCGUCGCAAAUUGUGUGCUCCGCACACGCCUACCGAGCGCAAGGGAGCGGCGGAAGGUUGCUGGUGGAAGGGACCUACCGAAGCCGAGAAUACGGGAUAUACUGACGGACACUCCGUAUCUGUGGAUGAGCGUUGACAGACAAUAUACUGACUUCUACCUUCAAUUAUGGAUUGCGAUCCUCAAUGCCUCCUCAAUCAUCGGUCGGACUGUUCCAAACGCCAUUUCUGACCGCAUAGGAACGCUCAACACACUCGCGCCCCUCGCCGUCAUAACUGGCGCACUGGUCUUCGUCAUGUUCGCGGCGACGACGCCCGGCGCUGUUAUCGUCUUCGCGAUUCUGUAUGGGGCGUUCUCGGGUGGCUUCAUCGCGAUGCUCCCGCCCACGCUGGCAUCUAUGUCUCGCAGCCCAGAUGAGAUUGGCAUCCGUAUAGGUUUCGGGUACUGCUUCUGCUCACUCGCGAUGCUAACUGGGACACCUAUCAGCGGCGCGCUCUUGGGCCCACAAGAUGACUGGGCGAAGCCGAUCAUCUUUAGCGGGAUCGUCUUGCUCGCAGGAGCUGCGUGCAUAGGAUACGCGCGGGUACUCGUCGCGAGGCGGAAAGGAUCCCGGCGAGUCUGAUCUGUGGACACAAUCUCAGGGUCAUUGCGCUGCGGAUGCGUAUCACUGGCCUACUGUAUUUACGACACCAUGGAUGAAUUGGUGACGACCGAAGUACUUUACGACCAUUCAUGCAUCAUAGAUUCGUAGCGCCACCCGUGUAGUAGGUCAUAGGCGAG